AUGCCGAGCAGUGCGAAGAGGAAGUCGGCGAGAGCGGCCAAAGCCCUCGGUAUUGCGGCCCAGACUGAUUGUACGAAUGUGUCAAAUCAGCGUUCGGGCCAAGAAGUCAUUCCCAUACUAAUUGACGGGUUGCAAGACGCCAACCCAGAGUGCGAGAAAAGGAUGAUUUCGGCGUUAGUCAAGACGAUGCACAUCAACAAUGGCUCACGGGACAAUACUGCUGCCGGGCCUUCGAGGUCGAAGGUGACUAAGCGAAAGGGCAAGCAGAACGCAGUUGUGCAGGCCUCACAAGAUUUGACCGCCAGGUUCUCGAGUCACAAGCAAAGCGGGCAGAAACAUGUUGAGCAGGCCUUACCAAAGUUCACCGCUACAAGAUCCUCAAAGCUAGAGGAUAACAAGAACAACGCAGCUAAACAGGCCUUGCACGACGACGAGACUACCAUUCACAUGCCCAAUGACGUGAUGCUAUUCCGGUUGAUGCAAACGGUCAAUCACUCACAGGACGGUACCGCUGCAAAGCGUCAGCAGUCGAAGGUAACGAACCGGAAGGGCAAGGAGAAGCCAGCCUCGCUGUCUUCACAACACGGUCUCAUUGCUGGCUUCUCGCAUUACGAGCAGAAGAAGCAGGAGGAAGCCGAGCAGGCCUCACCGAAUGUUGCCGCUGCAGGAUAUUCAAAGUCAGAGGAAAGCAACAUGAAGGCAGUUGCGCAGGCCCCAGGUGACGUUACAGUUGCCGAAUGCUUGGAUUCCAAGCCAAGCAAGCACAAGAAGAUUGAGCAGGUCCCACAUAAUGUUACCGCUGUCGGGCCCUCGAGGUCCAAGCAAAGCAUGCAGGAGGAAGCUGAGCAGGAUCCAGAGACCGUGACAAUUGCUGGGUCCUCGAAGGAUAUGACCGGACCGGAGCUCAUCCACAAACCCGAAACGCGACCACUAACCUGGCCCAAAGGAUUUUCGGAUGAGUCCAUUCACCAACUGAAACGGCAUUCCCUCGAACACUUCUCGCGAAAACCUAAGAAAGACCCGACAAUUGUCUUGAAACCCGGUCAGCUGGUUCGCACAACCUAUCCGAACGUCAACACAGUCUACGAUGCCAACUUAUUCAAAUACAUACUCGAGGCAGAAGCACGAGCCGGCCGCAUCGAAGCAAUAAAGAAUAGCGCCAUGGUUUUUGAGAUGGAGAAGAAGCCUGACAAGCUACAGCAACAGGCCCUUGACCAUUUUGAGAAGCAGUGUCGACUAUGCUCCCAGGUCAAGAUUUUGCGAAGAGAAAUGGAGACGCGGAUCACCAGGUUGGCUUGUGCCAGUUCCAGAAGUGAACAGGUUCAGCCUUGA